AUGGGCGACCAACCAAAAUAUGUGCAAGACUUCCAGUCCAGCGCCCUCCUGUCUGCAGCCAAAGUCGGAGCCCUCAGCGGAACUGCUGGCCUGAUCUAUGGAGGAGCCGCCGGAGUUAUCCGAUCUCCCAAUCCCAUGAUUCAUUCAUUGUCAUGUGGCAUCCACUGGUUUGCAUGCGGCUCAGCCUUUUGGUGGCUACGGAGUAACAUCAUUAAACAUCAUUACCAAGAUAAAGCCUCCCUGAAGGAGCGCAUCUACACGAGUGCUCUAUGCGGUGGCAUUGCCGGCGGAAGUGUGACGAAGUUGAUGGGUAUUGUAUCCCGCACCCAAAGCACGGAUGGAGGCCGGCUGGUUCCGGGGGCUAUCAUUUUCUCAAUACUCGGCUACUGUGGCCAGAGCGUCUUCAACCGAGUGGACGCGUGGCAACUGGAAAAUGCCCAUAAGACAUCGAAACCUCUGAUGCAGCGAAUGGCUGAAUCUAAAUGGAUCCCACUCCGUUCACUCUCCGAUCAAGAAUACAGGGAUAUGUUGAGUGAAAAGCUGCUGAGUAUCGAUGCUGAAAUUGCCCUUCUUGACGACAAGAUUGAGGAACUUGAGAAGUCUCGACCAGUCCCUGCUUCAAGCUUAAACUAA